GAAACGGAAAACAAAAUAUUUUAGUUUUUGGGGGAAAAAAAAAAAUUCAACGGCCGACCGGUGCUGACGUUUUAGGGACGCAUCCCCUGUUCCCUCCUCUUUUUCCUCUUCCCUCAUUUAUUAGAUCUCUCUAUUAUUUUCUGUAUUUGUCUCCGAUCUGGUUAUAUAUUUUUCCAUUACAUCGCAUCUGAGAGAUCCAAUCAAAUCAGAUGGCUGCUCCGCCCGCUAGAGCUCGAGCCGACUAUGAUUAUCUCAUAAAGCUCCUCUUGAUCGGCGACAGCGGUGUGGGUAAGAGUUGCCUUCUUUUACGUUUCUCAGAUGGUUCCUUCACCACCAGUUUUAUCACCACUAUUGGGAUCGAUUUCAAGAUUCGUACUAUUGAGCUAGAUGGGAAACGGAUCAAACUGCAAAUAUGGGAUACUGCAGGACAGGAGCGUUUCCGAACAAUCACAACGGCUUAUUAUCGGGGAGCCAUGGGAAUUCUGCUUGUUUAUGAUGUGACAGAUGAGUCAUCAUUUAACAACAUUAGAAAUUGGAUUCGGAACAUUGAACAACAUGCUUCUGACAAUGUCAACAAGAUAUUGGUGGGUAACAAGGCUGACAUGGAUGAGAGCAAAAGGGCUGUUCCGACUUCCAAGGGUCAAGCACUGGCAGAUGAAUAUGGAAUUAAAUUCUUCGAAACUAGCGCAAAAACAAACUUGAACGUUGAGGAGGUUUUCUUUUCAAUAGCUCGGGAUAUCAAGCAAAGACUUGCUGAAACUGACUCCAAGGCUGAGCCCCCAACCAUCAAAAUAAACAAACCAGACCAGGCGGCAGGGGCUGCUCAAGCUGCCCAGAAAUCAGCGUGCUGCGGUUCUUGAGCAUUUCAGUGCGUCUGAGAUAAAUGAUGAGGUGGCUGUCAUGAAAAAGGGUACAAGCUAUGACAGCAAUAUCCUAAUGUUAUCUGUUCUGUUGGGAAACUAAUCUUUGUCAUAACAAUGUUGGUUUUGGUUGUAUUGUUUUGACUAGCAUUUAUUUUAUUCAGCCCUUAGUCGUGUUAUGUUGGCAGCUUUUACUUGAACGGGGAAAAAGUAUACAAGUCUCAUUUUUACUUUGCUAAUUAGUACUUGCUUUGAAGUAAAAGGGGGGGAAAAAAAUCAAACUGUUACUUUUGAUUUGAUAGUUGAAAGUAUGAACACUUGUGUCCUUGUGUUA